AUGUCUCCAUCUGUUCUUUUUGAUAGUAGUGAACACUCAGACCUAAAAGUCGUUGGUUUGAAGUGGGAUCCAUUAGCUGAUAUGUUCUCGUUUAGAGUGCACCCGUCGAAAGUUAACCCAACUAAACGUACAGUGCUCUCAGAUAUUGCUAUGGUUUUUGACCCACUAGGUUUAAUGUCUCCUAUCACCUUCUGGACAAAAUACCUAAUGCAACGCUUAUGGACGUCAGGCGUCUUGUGGGACGAUCCAAUACCAGCUGAUAUAGAGACAUCUUGGUCACGGUAUCAGUCUGAGUUACACUUGAUUGAACAUAUUCAUAUUCCCCGACGUCUCACCUGCGAUAACAUGAUUUCGAUGCAGCUCCAUGCGUUUUACGAUAGUUCAGAAAAGGGGUACUCUGCAGCCAUUUACCUUCGAGUUGAAACUACAUCGGAAAUCCACUGCCAGCUUAUAACCGGCAAGUCAAAGGUGGCCCCUCUCAAGCAAACCACGAUUCCGUGGCUUGAGUUAUGUGGAGCUGUACUUGCUGCAAGGUUGUUAAGGUUUGUAACAACUACCUAUAACGAACGCUUGAAGAUUGACGAAACAUAUGCGUGGACUGACUCUACAACGGCCUUAGCUUGGAUCCAAUCAUCGCCUCAUCGUUGGGCCACAUUUGUUGCCAAUCGUACGAGUCAAAUCCAAGAGUUAACAGCCCCAUCAAUUUGGCGGCACGUUCCCACUCAAGACAAUCCAGUCGACUGCGCGUCUCGUGGGUUGUUUCCAUCAGAGUUGGUUGACCAUCCUCUAUGGUGGACUGGCCCAUCAUUCCUAAAGGACUCUUCUGAAAAAUGGCUACCGUCACCUAUCUCUACAAUAAACAACCAUGGUAGCACGACUCACCUCGAAGAGAUAAAACCAACGGUUCUAGUCGUCAAUUUUGCCUCAGGUAUGAUGAUCCUACUUGAUCGAUUUUCUUCGUUAGACAAAAUUCUUUGGAUUGUAUCAUACGUGUAUAGAUUUGUUAGUUUUCAAACGUCAACUGCGACAACCGCAGUUGUAAGCGCGGAAGAAUUUAUGUCCAACAAGAGCUAUUUCUCGAUGACUUAA